AUGAUGGAAAAAGUAAUGAUAAUGAAAGUAGAAAUGGUAAUGGAAUAUAGUAAUGCUAAUGGUUUUGGUAAUUAUAAUAAGAAUGACAAUGUUAACGAGAAUAGUAAUGGUAUUGCUUAUGAUAAUGAGCAUGAUAAUGUUAAUGAAAAUAGUAGUGGUAAUGGUAUUGGUAAUGAUAAUGAGCAUGAUAAUGUUAACGAAAAUAGUAGUGGUAAUGGUAAUGGUAAUGAUAAUGAGCAUGAUAAUGUUACUGAAAAUAGUAGUGGUAAUGAUAUUGGUAAUGAUAAUAAGCAUGAUAGUGUUAAUGAAAAUAGUAAGGGUAAAGGGUAA